AUGGCUGAUCAUCAAUGUCCUUCCACGAUUGUGAAGUCGUCUACUCCAGGAACCCCUGUUGUUGCAAAGGCUCCAAAGCCGAUCAAUCCUCUCGAAAAUGUUCCCGCUGAAAAUGUCACAUACUUCACUCCCCGACAGAUCAUCCCAGCCGGAACUGCCAUAGUUCACCCUUCCAAACCAUCCCCCAUCCCCAAAGUUUUCCAACCCCUCCAGCUGCGGGGUCUCACCCUCCAAAACCGCAUCAUGGUCUCCCCGAUGUGCCAAUACUCCGCUGACGAUGGCCACCACACCAUGUGGCACCAAACUCAUCUCGGCGGGAUCAUUCAGCGAGGACCAGGACUGACUAUUGUUGAAGCUACAGCUGUGACGCCCGAGGGACGAAUUACUCCUCAUGAUUCUGGGCUUUGGAAAGACAGCCAGAUUGAGCCUUUGAAGAAGACGGUGGAAUUUGCGCAUAGCCAGGGUCAGAAGAUUGCAAUUCAGUUGGCGCAUGCUGGCCGCAAGGCAAGUACGGUGGCGCCAUGGAUUAAUCGGAAGGCCGUUGCUACUGCUGAGGUCGGUGGAUGGCCAGAUAAUGUCAUCAGUGCUAGUGAUAUCCCAUUCGACGCACCACAUACCUGCGUCCCUCGAUGCAUGACCUUAGAAGACAUCGCCAGCUUCAAAGCAUCAUUCCUUGCUUCCGUCAAGCGAGCUCUCAUCGCCGGUUUCGACGCCAUCGAAAUCCACGCCGCCCACGGCUACCUCCUCCACUCCACCCUCUCAGCAGCAACCAACACCCUCCCAGCCCCCUACUCCGGCCCCCUCGAAAACCGCAUCCGCCUCCUCCUCGAACUCACCACCGCCACCCGCGCCAUCAUCCCCGCAAUCAUGCCCCUCCUCGUCCGCAUCCCCGGCACAGACUGGAUGCCACCGGAGUCCAACUGCUGGGAAAUCUCCCAAGCCAUCACCCUCUCCCUGGCUCUCGCUCGCGCCGGCGUGGACUUCCUCGACGUUUCAACCGCCGCGCUAAUGGCCGAGCAGAAAGUCGUCAGUGGGCCUGGAUACCAAGUCCCUUUUGCAGCAGCUAUCAAAGAAGCGCUUGAAAAGGAAGGACUUGGCGAAAAGACGAAGGUGGGAACUGUGGGCAUGAUUACGAGUGGUGUGCAGGCGGAGGAGAUCUUGGCGGCUGGCAAGGCGGAUGCGGUUUUGGUGGCGAGGGCGUUUUUGAAGAAUCCAGGGCUGGUGUGGGAGUGGGGUGGGGAGUUGGGAGUGGAGGUUAGGGAGGCGGAGCAGCUUGGGUGGGGGUAUGGACAGAGGGGGGAGGGGGGCGUGAAGCCUGGAGUGGCGGCUGCGGCGAGGGGGUAGCAGCUCGUAUGGGAUCGGGGCAUGGUGGGAGGAGAUGGAUUGUUCGAGAGGUUGGUGAAGUCGGAGAAUAAGGAUGUUUGGGCUAUGAUGCAUGGGGUUUGGAGAUAAUGAAGUACCGGAGAGAGGGAGGGGAAGGCGAAGGAGUUGCUUUCCCCUCAUUGAACUCGGCCAAACCCAUUCUUCGCUUGCUCUGUUCAUUGUUGAUUGCCAUGCUACAAAAACUCCCGGAGAAUCCAAACAGCACACAUAUUGGCGAGGGAACCUUAUUUUCUUUUGGAAAAAGACGCACUCCUUGGGCAAUUCAGGAGAUGUACUGCAGCGUAGAGGGACAAAGUAGAAUACUGGUGGCAGACUGAAGGCACAAGGCCACAAUAUGACUAGCAGUAGCGGCAGCUUAGGUACCCGACCGUCUCCAAAAAGGUCUUUUUAGCAUAUUUUUUUUUUGUUUAUAAUACACUUGAUUAUCUGCAAUUUUCCAAGCCAGAUUAUCUUAUUCCAAUGGAUAUCUGAAGAUUUGGAGUGAAAAUAC